AUGACGGGUUUGACCCAAACGGAGUACAUCGAUAUCCCUCGAAGACGUCUGCCGCGCUCGCGAGUGGUUGUGCAGAGUGGUAUCUCUUCGCAAAUGCAACACGCCCCCACACGCGUCACAAGCAGCAAGUUGGGUGAAGACGAUCAGAUGUCUCUGGACAGCAGAACCGGCGGCACCGACUUUCUCACUGGAUCACUACGGUAUGAUGAAGCCCUUCCAAAGUAUAACGAAGAAUUUCAGACACAAAAGGGGGGUCCCUGCACAGAUGAACCCGACCAGUCGAUGGGAGACACUGUACUUAGUUCUUCUGAGAAUCCACUCGCCUGUUAUCCGCAACGCCCGAAUUCGAAUACGGUUCCGAGCGACUACAACCUAGACUUCCUAGGAAUAACGGGUGGCUCGGAUGCCUCGACAAUCCAAACACCAAUACUAGGAUCAAUUAGCCCGCAGUCGCAAUACAUCGAUAACGUUUGGGCUAUCGAUCGAGAGUACCAAGCUUGGGAGACGGAUAAUCAAAACCAGCCGUUAUACAACUUCUCUCGUCCCUACUCACAACCGACUGUCAGUGUCUCCGACUUCGACACGGGGAGAUAUGUCGGACACCAGGAGUAUGCUUCCACAGGGUGGGAUAAAGGCCCAAACAACGACACCACUGACAUGGAUGCUGUCGGCACAUUUCAUCGUGACCCGACCUUUGAUAGGCAACCUAUCUUGAACCAAUCCUCAUCAUCAAUCAUGCGGUAUGACCCGUCUUUACACCCGCUCCAUCAAAUGGACACGACUGGGGUAGGUUCAUGCGCGCUAGCAGGCGUCGAAAACAUCGGACAAGCGCCUAGAAUAUGUUUUCAAGAACCAGAAUUCCCCUUUGCGGCGACAGCUGAACAACAAGAGCCAUCUGUUGGAUACGAUAGCCUGGCAGCCAAUGAUCAUAAUCUUUCACUUGAUAGGUUGUCUGCGAGCUGGUCCAGCUACACGAACUCUACGACGUCAAAAUUACUGGAUACAAUGACAUCGCAGACCUCGUUUCAGCCGACCUGGCAGGAACCAGUAGACAGGAUGUCGACUUUCGGUCCUCCGCUACUCAAUGUGUUGAGCCCUUUACCGUCAACGGCUUGUUCUCGCUCCGGCUUCAACUCAGAUACUGGAGGUUCCGACUUUCAAGAUAGCGCGUACGUACCACAGGGUAUAAGUCGCUCAAGAUCAGCUGGUGGCCGUUUGUCCUCUCCCGGGGAUUUCACCCCCGCUCUCGGUCAACCUUCGCCAACUCUUUCUAGCGUAAGCAUUAUCUCAUCUAACUUGGCAGAAGUCCUAGGAUGCGAGAUGUGUGACGCCACUUUUACCGGGGAAUACCGCCGAGGCAAUCGCCAGCGCCAUUGGCGAUUGAAGCAUGGACAAGCCCAAGGCCAGGAAGAAAGGAUCUACCCAUGUGAGGCAGAUGGUUGCUCAAAGGUUUAUAAGAGGCAAGAUGCACGCCUGAAGCAUUACCGAAAGAAGCAUCGAAGCAUGGCUCCCGGUCCAGCCCUGUCCCGCAAGAAGUAUCCCUCGGUAUAA